AUGGCUCCCGACGUGUCAAAGGCUCUCGAGCUAAUCGACGCCGCUCACAGAGAAGACCCCAACCAAAUCGAAAUCAACGGCGAGACAAUUCCCUACGAGCUACACUACGCCCAGAAGAUGACCAAAUUUGUCGACCUCCAUACCCCGAAUGCUGGUCCUCUUCUCGCCACAGCCGCGCGAGCACAGCAUUUCCGGCGCUGGGAAGUGCCUCGAGAUAGCUACCCACGCACCAAAGCGGGCUACUUCGCAUGGCGCACGCUCCUGAGAAAGCGACAGGCCGAGCAGGUCAGGCAGAUAUGCCUCGAGUGCUCCUACAGCGAAGAAGAAGCCGGUAAAGUAGCGGCGCUGAUUGCGAAAGAGGACCUGAAAAAGGGACAAGGUAAGGGUGACGCGGACGCCCAGGUCAUUGAGGACGUGGCCUGUCUGGUGUUUCUGGACGAUCAGUUUGACGAGUUCGAGAAGGGACAUGACGAGGAGAAGAUUAUAGGCAUAUUGCAGAAGACCUGGGUGAAGAUGGGGCAGAGAGGGCAAGAAUUGGCGUUGGCGAUGGAUUUGAGUGAGAGGGCAAAGGAGAUGAUAGGCAAGGCUCUGGGAGGUUGA